GGGAGAGACCAAUGAGAAGGUGGGAGGGCGGGAGGCCGCGCUGAGCCUGGCGGCGGCCCGUAGGGGGCAGGAUGUGUCGUGCGGCAGCUGAGUGGCGCUUCCGGGCCGGCCGCGGUCGCACGAGUGAUGCCGGCCCCGGAGAGCAGGUCGGUUUUCGAGGCCGCCCAGGACCCCGUUCUCCUGCACGGGCUGACCCUCGUCGUCGGAGCCGCAGCGGACGCGUCGGAGCCGGCAGCAGGGAGCCGCGAGAAACCCGCGUCUGCCAGCAGUAAGAAGACCCCCGGGGUCCCUGAGGUGCCGGAGCGGAUGUGCUGCUCGACCUGUGGGCAAGUGUUUGGCAGCCGGGAGGAGCAGACUGAGCACUACCGUCUCGACUGGCAUCGCUUCAACCUGAAGCAGCGACUCUUGGGGCGCCAGAUACUGCCAGUAGAGGUGUUUGAGGAGAAGACACGCGCAGGUGAAGUUUCUAGCAUCUCAGGGUCUGACUCAGAGAGUUCUGAUGCAAGCAGUGAGUUGGAGUUGCUGCCCUCUGCCAGCGACAGCCCUGAGACCCCUCUGGCCCCCCGCUCCCACAAGGUGCUGCUCCGCAAUGCGAAGGGCCAGCUCAUCUCUGCCUACCGCUGUGUGCUGGGCACUGGGAAGGGUGGCAUUGAGGAGCCAGCGGAAUUGACAGCGUCACUGCAGAGCCUCAGCAUGAGCACCUGCUGGGUUGUGCUGAUGAUGGGUGGUGGGCACUUCGCAGGAGCUGUGUUCCGGGGCCCCCAGGUGCAGGAGCACAAGACCUUCCACCGCUACACAGUGCGAGCGCGGCGGGGCACAGCCCAGGGACUCCGGGACUCCCAAACCCCAGGCUCGGCACCCAGGUCGGCCGGAGCCUCCCUGCGGCGUUACAACGAGGCAGCGCUGCUCAAGGAAGUUCAGGACCUGCUGGCAGCCUGGGCACAGCACCUGAAGGAAGCUCAGCGCAUCUUCCUCCGGGCCCCACGCCACAACCGUGCACUGCUUUUCAGUGGCAGGAACCCACCCCUCACCCAGGGUGACCCUCGCGUCUGCCACAUCCCCCUCAGCACCCGCAGGGCCACCCUGCGAGAGGUGCUGCGAGUCCACGCCACACUGGCCAGCCUGCAGGUGUAUGGGAAAGACACACCACUGGAAGACAUCACUGGGUCCCCCCGGAAGGGUUGGCAGAAGAGGCAGCGGAAAACAGACAUGGAUUCCACACAAGAAGAUGCAAGUGCCCCUGCCUUGUCAGCCCACUCAGCCCCAGAGGAUGAGGAGGAAGAGGAAAGCCAUGCAGGUGAACUGGAGACUGUGGAAGUGACACUGGGGACCUUGGACCUCCGGGAGUUUGAAGUGGUGCCCAAGCGAAACCGCAAAAGGAGGAAGAAAAGGGACAAGAAGGUGGAGAAAGGGCCUCGUGCUGAAGAGACAGGAUGCCCUGACACCCAGUGCAGGCAGCCCAGCCUGGAGCUGGUGACGGAGCUGCAGGGGGAGGCUGGGGCUGAGCCCCUUCCCUGGGGUGACGAAGGAGACCCUCAGACCCAGCUCUGCAAUGCUCUGUUCACCGCCUGCAAAACAGGUGACGUGGGGAUGCUGCAGCACCUCCUGGGUGUGUCAGAGAGUGGGGGCCUGCUCAGGGACAGCGAGGAUGGGGAGGACGCACAGCCCCUGGAUCUUCCUCGCUCCCUGCUCAACCAGCCCGUGGAUGAGCGCGGCUGUACCCUGCUUCACGUGGCAGCGCGGGCAGGGAAGGCUGAGGCUGUGUGCCUGCUGCUGCAGGCAGGGGCGGACCCUGCUCUCAGAGACAGGCAGGAUAAGGCCCCAUACUGCGUCUCUGCUGACAAACCGACCCGCAAUGCCUUCCGCAAGUUCAUGGUGGACUAUCCAAACAAGUAUGACUACAGCCGUGCCAAGGUGCCAGGGCCCCUGACACAGGAGAUGGAGGCCAAGAAGCUGGAGAAGAAGCGGGCACAGAAAGUGCAGCGGAAGCAGCGGGAGCAGGCACAGCGGGAGGAGCGGCAGCGCUGGGAGCAGGAGCAGGAAGAGAAGCAGCGGUUCGCAGCCCUGUCAGACAGGGAGAAGAGGGCCCUGGCUGCUGAGCGGAGGCUGGCUGCGCAGCUGCAGGACGCCAGCACAACCCUUGCCAACAUCAGAGGCUUCAGCUAUGUGGACCUGGUGGAGGGGCUGCGGGAUGGGCACUUCUAUGCCCUGAAGCGCAUCCUGUGCCAUGACAAGGAGGACCGCCAGGCCGCCCUGCACGAGGUGGAGAUGCAUGGCCUCUUUGACCACCCCAACAUCCUGCGCCUUGUGGCCCACUGCAUCGUGGAGAAGGGCACCAAGUAUGAAGCCUGGCUCCUCCUGCCCUAUGUGAAGGGGGGAACCCUCUGGAGUGAGGUGGAAGCACUACGAAAGAAAGGGACCUUCAUGCCAGAGCAGCGGAUCCUCAUCAUCCUCCAUGGCAUCUGCCGUGGACUGCAAGCCAUCCACAGCAAGGGCUAUGCACACAGGGACCUCAAGCCCACCAACGUGUUGCUGGAUGAGGAUGACCAGCCUGUGCUGAUGGACCUGGGCUCCAUGAAUCAAGCUCGCAUUGAAGUCAACAGCUCUCGGGAGGCCGUGGCCGUGCAGGACUGGGCUGCCCAGCGCUGCACCAUCUCCUACCGUGCCCCUGAGCUUUUCACGGUGCCAAGCCAGUGCGUCAUAGACGAGCGCACGGACAUCUGGUCCCUAGGCUGUGUGCUGUACUGCAUGAUGUUUGGGGAGGGCCCCUACGAUGCCAUCUUCCAGAAGGGUGACAGCGUGGCUCUGGCAGUGCAGAACCCCAUUACUGUGCCUCCCACGACCAGAUACUCAGCUGCCUUGCAGCACCUGCUCCUCUCCAUGAUGACACUGAACCCUCAGGAGCGACCCAGCAUAGAUGACGUCCUCCACCAGCUGGAGGGGCUGCAGCCAGCACCGGUGGGGCAGGACACCACGCAGAUCUGAGAGAUGUGAACUUGUCCCACCCCAUGGUCGUGCUGAGCCCUGAGGAUGAGCUUGGGGAAAAGCAGCUGCCGUUGUCCCUGCUCCCCGACAGAAACAUUGCAGGGGGAUUUGCUGUGCUCAGUGGAGAGCUGCUGCUCUGUGCCAGAGGUGUGUUGGAUUUGGAGUGUUUUGUACCCUGGACUUAGUCCAUGCCCCAGGACUGUGGACGUGUGACCUGCUGCUAAACAUUGGGCCCUCUCUGGUCGCUGCCUCUCCCAGGGGCUGCAGGAGAGGAUGCUGCGGGACCCCUCCCCAGGUGAUGGCAGCCACAGCCCUGCAGCUCUGCACCCCAGGAGGAUUUCUCCCCUGCCCAGGGCAGAGCUGUGGUCCUGGAGUGAGGCAGGUUGCUAUUGCCUGGUCUGACGCUGCUCUCAGCGCCAACGUUGCCUUGUGUUUGGAGUAAAAGAUGUUCUUGUGGA